AUGGCUUCUGAAGUCGUUUCGAAGCUCCAGAACCUCGUCACAGGCGAGUCGAAGAGCGCCCGCAAGAAGAAGGCCAAGCAGGAAAGCUCUGCCACGGCGGUCCCAGCUGCCACUGAGAUCACAUCUUCCGAGGCGGGCGCAACUGCUGGCUCUGACCCCAACGGAAAUGUCAAUGGCGACAGCGAGAACUCGUACAUCAAGGAGCUCCAGAAGAACAUCCGUAACAUUAACAAGAAGCUGAACGCUACCCAAAAAGUCGACUCCAUCAUUGCCGAGAAUCCCGGCGUCUCCCUCGAUGACCUCGCCGCCUCUCGCAAGAUCAACGCCGACCAGAAGGCUCAGGCCCAGAGGAAGCCCAAGCUCCAGGCUGAUCUCGCACAGCUGGAGGAGCAAGUCGCACAGUACAAAAAGUUCGACCAGGAAUACCAGGAGAAGCACGCUCGUGAGAGGGAGCUUUUGCAGAAGUCACACUCCAGCGAGCUUGAGGCGUUGAGGGAAGCAGUCAAGGCUGAGGCGGCGAUCGAGCAGAAAAAGGUCUUCCGCGAGAAGAUCCUGACACUGUCUCGCUUUUUGAGGGCGGCAGCUGCUCGUCGCCAGCUGGAAGAUGAUGACUCGGAUCUCACCAAGGCUUUCGAGGGAGCUCUCUUGCAAGUGUACGGAGGAGAUGCUGUUGCCGUCGCUGCGGCUGAGAAGCUGAUUGAAGGCGCCGAGGAUGGCGUGCCCUCCACUGAGGGUGUCUUGCUGACUGUGACUUACUCGCAAGUCAAGCAGGCCGCACUCGAGGAAGCUCCCUUUGCCGCAGAGGAAGCGUGGGUUGACGACGUUGCGCAGGCUCAGCCUACCUCUCCUGAGACAGAGGCGCCAGAGACAGUGUCUGACCCUACCGUUACGCACGCAGGUCUGACAGAGCUUGACGCUGGAUCAGCAACCGUGGGCCAUGCGCACGCUGAUCAGUCAGGCGCACCAGCGGCAGCAAGCAUCGAGCCGGAGGCUGCUAACGCUGCUGCGACAGCUCAGUGGGACAAGCAGGCCGCUGGCCAGGAUGAGCCCCUCAGCGAGCCCUUUGAGAUUAUUCCCCGCGACCCUGCCGAGACGGAGGCUCCCCACGAGACCGCCCCAGUCACCAGCACCCAGAGCUGGGCUGAUGACACGCCCGAACCGGUAGCAACGCAGACGCCUGCCAGCGAUGGGUUCUCCGAGGUCCAGCACAACCGCGGCGGCCGUGGACGUGGAGGACAGCACCAGGGUGAAGGACGCGGUGGAUACAGGGGCCGUGGUCGCGGCGGUCCUCGAGGCGGAGGCGAGUUCCGUGGACGUGGACGUGGCCGUGGUGGUGACUUCCGAGGUGGCCGAGGCGGCUUCCGCGGUGCGCCCCGCGGCGAGUCGUCUGCGUAA